AUGGGUUCCAACUCGUUGUUUCCUGACUCUGACUAUGCAUACAUGGAUUAUCUCCGACUGGGCUCGUACAUCUUUGGCUUUAUCGGGCUUUUUUGCGCGCUUGUUCCAGGAUACUAUCAGGAGCAAAGAAUCCUGGUCUUCCAGAUGGCCAUCUGUCUCGCCACGUUGGGUCCCGUUGUGGCAGGAUACUACAGACCAACGUACGCGCAAACCCUGCACUACCGUGCGGUUGCCAUUCUUGCCCUUUCGUGGUGCAUCCUGAUCACAGUCGCAUUCGGGAUUCUCAACGACAUUGUUACGUGUUUCAUUGGGCAGUUCCGACCCAUUGACACUGCGAGUGACUUCGUGACAUCGAGAGGGAUCAGAUGUUUAUAUGCGGUUGGUUAUUGGCUCAAUGUCAUCUCUCUGCUCAACCACGCAAUUCAAGACGUGUGA